AUGGCCGCCGGGCGCCUCGCUCUCAUCCUUCUGUGUUGCGUCCCGAGCCUCGCCGAGUCGUCGGCUCCGGCGCCGGACGUCCGCGGGGCCAAGUACGGCGACUCCUUCCGCCUGGCGAGGUCCGCCCGAAGCCGCGUCCAGCAUCUGCUGGCGAAAUACCAGAAAUCGCAGCAGUUAGGAGACGAGAACUUUGAGGACAGAGGAGGUCACUCGAAGGACCUGCCGCUGCUUUCGACAACCUUCGACAGCUGGCUCCGUCUCACGGACUGGGAAAGACUUGACGCCGCUCUGUCCGACAUGCAAGCCUACGGGAAGAGUCUGGAGUGGAAGAGGAAAGAGCUGGAGACGGAGGAAAGGGAGGCGACGGGGGUGCAGGCGUUGGCCUGCGCCAAUUUGUCCCAGAGCAUCAAACACGUUGAGCUGGACCUCAGGGACCUGAUCGGCCAAGUCAAAAGUCAGAUGAGUCACAUCAAGAACGCGAGAAGGAAGCCGACCUUUCCCACCGUUCAGGCAGCCCCGAACCACUCAAGUCUCUCCAAAACAGUGUGGGAAAGAAGUGUGGAGGGUUACAUCAUCCUCCGGGAUCUCAACCUUUACCUCACCAAGUUGGCACGGGACUUCCUCCUUCUGGCCUCCAAAAGGCAGUGAUGCCACGCGGGUGCCGGCCUCGGGUCGUCGCCGUCGCCGUCGCCGCCUCACCUGCGAAUCCACGAGUGAGCGUGGCGGGGCUGUUCUGGGAGUUUCCGUCUCGCUUCUGACUGUA